GCUGGGUGUUGUCGAUCGCCAGGGUUUUCGGAAUCAACUGCCCAACUUGAACUCCUCCUGACCUCAAACCAACAAGAACAGACAAGAACCCAAAAGAACCCAACAAACAAACAAGGAAACAUCCCUAAUCAGCUUCGGAGCUUGGUCUAAUGAACCGUCUCCGCCACAACGCAGGCCGAUUGAACCUCAGAGCGGUAGCCGGUGGGUCAGCCCUACUGACCGGUUCGAGCUUACUAUACUACUACUACCAGUCCAGGGACUCAAGGCUUCAACUAGACUCGAGUCGAGAUAUCAACCAUCCAGCCAACCAACGACCUCCGGUACUAUGGACCCCGCCGAGCAGACAGGAUAUGAUCAAUGCACUCAAGGCUAGCAAGCUCGUCCACGAGAUCAAGUCUCCAGCCGACCUCCAAUCCAAAGGCACCGAGCCACAGUACGAUCUUCUCGUCAUCGGCGGUGGGGCAACCGGCGCUGGGGUCGCAUUGGAUGCCGCCAGUCGUGGAUUGAAGGUCGCCCUCGUCGAACGGGACGAUUUCAGUAGUGGGACGAGCAGUAAGAGUACCAAGUUGGUCCAUGGUGGUGUCAGAUAUCUCCAAAAAGCUGUCUUCAAUCUCGACUAUGAACAAUAUAAAUUAGUGAGGGAAGCACUCCAUGAGCGCAAGACGUUCUUACAUAUCGCACCACAUCUCUCGCUCCAUCUACCGAUCAUGUUGCCAGUUUACAAGUGGUGGCAAGUUCCUUACUUUUAUGCUGGUUGUAAGAUGUACGAUUUGCUGGCUGGUUCAGAGAAUAUGGAAACCAGUUAUCUCGUAGGAAAAGGAAAGGCAUUGGAGAACUUUCCAAUGUUGAAAGCCGAUGGUUUAUGUGGAGCUGUUGUUUAUUAUGACGGUUCUCACAACGACUCUCGAAUGAACAUGGCUUUGGUGAUGUCUGCUGUCCAUCAGGGUGCUGUGGUGGCCAAUCAUAUGGAAGUAGUAGGAUUACACAAGAAGGCGGCCAAUGAGAAGACGGAUGUGAAGCCUAGAGGAUCAGCAGAAAGCCCUGGAGUGUUAUCUGGGGCGAGGCUGCGAGAUCAGGUUACGGGAGAAGAAUUCGACAUCCGAGCCAAGGGCAUCAUCAAUGCCACAGGUCCGUUUUGUGAUGGAAUUCGGAAACUAGACGACCCGAGCGUGCCAAACAUUGUUGCUCCUUCCUCCGGUGUUCACAUCACUCUACCUGCAUACUAUGCACCCACCCAUAUGGGCCUGAUCGAUCCUGCCACAUCGGAUGGUCGAGUGAUCUUCUUUUUGCCUUGGCAAGGGAAUGCGAUUGCCGGCACUACCGAUUCGCCCGCCGAAGUCGAACAAGAUCCUCUCCCUAAGGAGCAAGAGAUUCAAUGGGUUCUCGGCGAAGUUCGAAACUAUCUCAGUCCCGAACUUAAAGUCAGAAGAGGUGAUGUGUUGUCUGCCUGGUGCGGACUCCGCCCAUUGGUGCGUAACCCAGCAGCGAAAGAUAGUCAAUCGUUGGUCAGAAAUCACAUGGUUCAUGUCUCCCCAUCGGGACUUUUGACGAUUGCCGGUGGCAAGUGGACGACCUAUCGAGCCAUGGCCGAGGAGACCGUAGAUGCGGCGAUUGAGACCUUCAACCUAAAACCACAAGGCCCAUGUGUGACCAAACUUCUCCAAUUAAUUGGAGCCCACGGCUGGCACAACACCUUGUACAUCAAGCUGAUCCAGGACUUUGGAUUGGAGAGCGAAGUGGCCAAACAUCUGACGGACAACUAUGGCGAUCGCGCCUGGUCAGUCUGUUCGUUGGCCGAGCCGACAGGAAACCGUUGGCCAGUGCAUGGGAAACGAUUGGAUCCAUCGUACCCUUAUCUUGAAGAAGAGGUCCGCUACGUAGUCCGGAACGAAUAUGCCAUCACGCCUGUGGACAUCAUCGCCCGUCGGACCAGACUUGCGUUCUUGAAUGCCCAAGCCGCAUUGGAAGUCUUGCCCCGAGUGAUUGAUAUCAUGGCCGAAGAGUUGGGAUGGACUAAUAUGCACAAGGAAGCCACCUUCAACCAUUCUAAACAGUUCUUGCUCUCCAUGGGUCUGCCUAGGUCCAAACUCAGACUGUCUCUCGCCGAUGUACGCAGAGGUUUGUUGAGGAAACAAACCGCGGAGGAGGGCCAAUUGUUCUCUCGAGCGAUGUUCAGCCCAAAAGAAUUAACCCAAUUGAGGAAAGAGUUCGCGGAUUUGGAUACGAAUGGGGAUGGAGUUAUUUCUCCCAACGACUUACAAAGCGCGCUUGAACAUUUGGAUUUUGCCAAUGUUCCCAAGGAAACCGUCAAUAUGAUUGUUUCUGGAGCUAAAACUAAUCACAUCGGCGCGAUUGAUUUCUCGGAUUUCCUUGACAUUGCGGUAGCAGCGAAAGAGGUCUCAUUAUCAAACAAGUUACAAAACUUCUUGAGCGAUGAUGAAGACGGAAGUACACCGAUCACCGAGCCUAAUUCGAUGAGCGCUUCUGUUGGAGUUCAUGGAAACGAGGUCGUCAAUGACGGGAAAAAUGAUGCUAAGGCUGGACCCGGAAACUUAAGCCGAGUCAUUCCCGUCGAACGAUCCGGCGGUGGAACUUGAUCGACAUUUAAAAAAGAAACACCCACAGCUCCCCCUCGUAAUCCGUGUCUCCUUCCCAGCGUGACAACCCCUGUUUGAUAAGAAGGUCAAGUAUUUCCUCCCUCUAUCUGCUUACUUUUUUAUUUUUAUCUUUUUCAGGCAUUGUUGUGAGUCUUAUUGGUUUAGUGUUCCAUGCCUUCAUACUGUUAUCGUCGUCUGUUCAUUUUAUUCUCCAUCUGAUUUGGUCCCCUAAAUAGACCACACUUUAGACCAUCAGUCCUACUCCCAGUACUCGACCUGAUCAACCUCUUACAUAUCUUUUUUUUUUAGUCUUUCAUUCUGCAUCAUGAGCACUUUCUCUUCUUUUCGAUAGAUUACAUAAGCCUCUCAAAUAGUCCGAUCCUCUCCAAAAGUUUAUGCCAGUUGUAUCCAAACAAUCAACAAUUAUAGAAGACGGCAUCAUAAAACUAACACACAGAUAGUUAGAUAGUUCGCAGAAAUUGCAAGCAACUGUCGAUGUGUAUACAUAGAAUAACUUGUAUUCCAACUGAUGCAGUUACAGUCAAGCAUUUGGGAACAAUGCCAUCUUGGUUGUGAUUGAGUCCUAUGAUAGACAUUGUUGUAUAAUUUGUUUUCUUGUUGAUUUAUACAUACUAUAGAUCUUUUGUGACCCGAUCGUUGGUUGUUGACAAUUAACUGGUGCAAGUGCUGAGUGAGAUACUAAUUACAAUCAGUCACUUGCUC